GCGAGACUCACGGCAGGACGCCAGGACAGCGACAGUCUCCAGUUAAGUCUCAAUAAACACGUUUUCAGGUCCUGCUGGAUAUUAAGUUCGCCUGGACCAUGGAUAGAGACAGCGAGACGGUUGCAAUGAAAGAAGCCAAAAGGCGAGAGCGCCAGUUAGGUCCAGGCAGGUAUGGUUUACAUGAUGUUGAAGCUUUGGAGGAUGGAGAAAAUGACAUUGGCAUGUGUGGUUGGUUUCUGGUUGGACUUUCUGUCCUUCUUAUGAUCGCUACUCUGCCUAUCUCCAUAUGGAUGUGUAUCAAGAUUGUGAAGGAGUAUGAGCGAGCCAUUAUUUUUCGUCUUGGACGUAUUUUGCGAGGCGGAGCCAAAGGACCAGGGUUGUUCUUCAUCUUGCCGUGCACUGACAGCUUCAUUAAUGUGGACAUGCGCACCAUCACCUUCGACAUCCCACCACAAGAGGUUUUGACCAAAGACUCAGUGACAGUGAGCGUUGACGGAGUGGUGUAUUACCGGGUCCAGAAUGCGACUCUAGCUGUGGCUAACAUCACUAAUGCAGAUGCUGCUACCCGGCUGCUGGCCCAGACCACCCUGAGAAAUGUCCUGGGUACCAAGAACCUGGCAGAGAUUCUGUCUGACCGUGAAGAGAUCGCACACAGCAUGCAGUCCACUCUGGAUGAUGCAACAGACGACUGGGGAAUCAAGGUGGAGCGCGUGGAGAUCAAAGACGUGAAGCUGCCGCAGCAGCUCCAGAGAGCCAUGGCGGCCGAGGCCGAGGCGAGCCGAGAGGCCAGAGCCAAGGUGAUAGCAGCAGAAGGCGAGAUGAACGCGUCCCGCGCGCUCAAGGAGGCGUCCCUGGUGAUUGCAGAGUCUCCCUCAGCGCUGCAGCUGCGCUACCUCCAGACCCUCAACACCAUCGCUGCAGAGAAGAACUCCACCAUCAUCUUCCCUCUGCCGCUGGAGAUGAUGCACGGCUUCAUGAAACACUAAGGAGUCUUAACAUCCCGUUCACACCCACACUCUCACGCAACACGGACACUGAUCCAGGCGGUUUAAAUCAGCAUUUAAAGUAGCUGUCUUAUUGUAAAAAUUAAUUUCUGAUGAGCAUAGUCUGUGUGCUUAACGUUGUGUUUUGCUGAACAUGAGGUAAAGAUUUACCACUUGCCCGUGAGGCUGCUCUACCAACACCUGUUUCAGAGGCGUCAAUCAGCCCAACAGCUGCUGGAGAGAGCGCUGGUGCCAAACACCCAGAAAGAUCUAGAGCAGUCAGCUUGACAUGUCUGCCAACAACUGACCACUGAGCGAAUGUACUUAGUACCGAGCAGGAGAACAAAAGCAGCAGCGAAACAGCUGCUGGUUUCUGUUUCUGAUGCAGUUUGAUUGUUGUGUGUUCUGAUCCAUCAUCACCCUUUUUUAUGUUUAUGGGGAUGCCUGCUGGAUUAGUGGCCUGUGUCUGCUUACACACACACACACACACACACACACACACAUACUUACAUCUAUAUAUCUAUAAUCCCCUGAUAUUAUAACCACGCUAGGACGACUGUCAGCAUCACAUGUAUUCUGGCUUCAGUAGCUUUUUUUCACCUAUCCAUAAACUAGGGCUGGGUAUAGAUUCAAAUGUCAAGAAUCGAUUCGACUCCGAUUCUUAAUAUUCAGAAUUGAUUAUCAUGAUUCGAUUCGAUCCGAUUCGAUAUUGAUUUGGCUUAGUGUUAUUUAAAAUGUUUUUUGAGCUGUUGCCUGAAUUAUAUGACUGUAAAAUAACUAGUGAAAUAAUAAUUUCACAAUAAUUAUUGUGAAAUAACUAAGAAAUAAAUAACUCAAACAGGCCUUUCAAUAUCCAUUUAAAGUGCAAAAGAAAUUGCAACAGUUCAUGCAGUUAACAAAUCAUUUUAGCUUAUCUAAUUUAUUCUGUCACCACGCACAAAUAUUGCCAUGAAGCACCUGGCAUUUUUCAGAAGUGUCAUAACAAACUGUGUCCGACUACUGGGAUUAAAGUUCACCUGGCGAAAAUUAUGAAGAAAAAGGAAAAAAAAAUAAAAAAAAUCGCUCUUUAGACAUUAGAAUCGAUUUUUAGGAAUUAAUAUGAGAAUCGGUUUAGAAUCGGAAAAUCGAUUUUUUCCAACACAGGCCUAACAUAAACCUUACUAUCUUUGUUCUUUCAGAUAUUACUUUUCCAAUUUUUAUAGAAUUUUACCAUAAACCCUAUAUAAGCAUUAAAUUAGACAUUUUAAUCUUCUAAGUUGUACAGUAAAUGUAUAACAUACUCUACUUGGACCUGACUAGCCUCAUUUUGACUUUGUGAACUGUGUGUAAAUGCAUUUAUGUGUAAAUGAUUGUUACUUUUGACGAGUGUUUGCUCGUUAAGUACCGGUGUUGCACUGAGCCCCUCAGAAAAUAAGAAGACUUAGAAACACGCAUGUGCUGAACCGUCUUUUAGAAGUGACACUUGAUCAUUUUGGUUGUGUUUUAAUGUUACUGAUGUAAUCCUAGUGUUUACUGAAUCCUUUAUAUCAGGGGUAGCCAACCCUCGCCCUCGAGUGCCACUCCUGCUUCUUUUAGAUAUUUCCCCGCUUCAAAGCAGCCUGGUACAAAUGACUGUGAUUCACAGACUGUGAUGACACGUUGAGAACAACCAGUAAUCAGAACCGGGUGUGUCGAUGAAAGGAUUCAUCUAAAACAUGUAGGGCAUUUGAGGACCAGGAUUGCGUUAUACCUCUGCUUUAUAGAUAGAUAGAUUUAUAGAGUUAACAGUAUAUGGACUACCAAGUAGAAAAGCUAUCAGCGACUUAAAAAACCAAGUUGACUAACCUCCUACAGUCUUGAUGAGUAACUAACUCGGUUGAGCAUAGCUGUCCAGUUGUGCCUUUCUUUCUUUUAUUUUUCUCUCUCUCUCUGCUUUGGAGAGGUAGGGCCCACAAAUAUCUCAGCCAAAAGCCUUAACUCACUGCCAUCCAUUCAUCUUUACUAGUAUCACAAUCUAUGCGUCUCCGAAGGAAAUUCUUCAAAGGGGUUCUUUACAUUUUCUAACUGGAUUUUUAUUGUACGCUCUUUCUGGGUGUAACAAGCCAAAUAUUUCAACAUGUUUAUAGUUAUGAGUUGACACAUGUUUUUUUGUUCUGUUGAAAGUACAGCUAAAAGUACUUCUACAUAAAAAAAUAAAUAUAUAUAUUUAUAUACAUACAUACAUGUAUGUAUAUAUUGAUAAUGGUGUGAUGUUUCUAUUAGUUUGCGGUGAAUGGACUCUAAGCUCAGCUCAGUCACAUGACUGGGCUCACUCGUCAUGGUGUUUUUAUUCUGUUACAGUAUAGAAAAGCUGUUGUAUUUUACUGCAGUAAUACUUGUUUUCUUGUGUUAAUGUUGCUACCGAUGGGGAUGAAUUCACCUACAGAAUCGACAUUUAGUAGAAAAAGAAAGUCUCUUUCAGAAGGAAGAUGAACGAACACAUUCAGACUCUCUACUUUCUGCUGCUAUACUGCAGUGGUUUGCCAAAUGUUUGAUUUGUGUGUUUUCUCCAGUUUCUCAGGCAGGUGCAUUGUUCACAGAAGUCACUUUUAUAGCUUUCUUAUCCUUUGUUACACUUUGACUGUUGAAAGAAAAAAGCCUGGUCAUUAAUAUAAAGCAUUUUCUGCCUUUUACAAAAUCAUUACACAUGCCAGUAUGUGAUGUUUUUGUAAAAUGAACAUUAACAAUAUUUUUGUACCGUUGGAUUUGAAUUGAUUUUACCUUGUAUGAAUGCAUAUGAAGAAUUCAAAUAAAGAUCUCGUAGGCUUGUUUGCAUCAGGAUAUAUUUUUUCAGGCCGGAGUGAAAAAUCAGACAAAACACAUGACAUGUUUAAUUUGGUUUAUUUAAAAUAAGAGUUAAACAGGAAGUAACUGGUUUUCAGAGUGGUGUAAUAUCUGUUUUCCAUUGAAAAUUAAGUUGCAGCAGAACAGCAAAGGUUGUUUUUUUUGUGUGGCAUUUUUGAAAAUAAAUAUACAAAUAAUCUCUAGAAUAAAAGCAAAAAAAAAAUCUAUAAAUCUAUCCUUUUGACUGGAGCAGUACCGUAGAAAAAUAACAAGCUGG